UAACUGUUGCAGCCCCGGUGGACUGGAUCCCCGUUAGCACGCAGGAGAUCCGGGGAUUCCUGGGCCUGGUGAUCCUCAUGGGGGUCCAGAACCUGGCGGACCCGGCCCACUACUGGUCUUGGAGCCACUACGACAACAGCUACACCUUCUGCCGCGCCAUGACCCUCAAACGCUUCCGCCAGAUCGCCGCCAACAUCCGCAUGGGCAGCUUCGUGACAGAGGCGCUCCGCGGCAACGGCGACAGCCGCGACCCGCUGAGCAUCUUCAGGCCGAUGCUGGCGGUCCUGGGCGGCGCCGUGUGGGACGCCUACCGACCCAACUGCUGCCUCAGCAUCGACCGGGCGCUGCUGCCGCGCCUGGAGGAGGACAGCGGGCACGCCACGGAGGACGCCAACACGCCGCCACAGGUGUGGCUGCUCUGUGACUCCAAGUCGGGCUACUGUCACCGCUUCUUCAUCCAGGCGGGGGAGCAGGAGGGCAGGGGGGCGGCGGGGGCCGGCGGGGGGGCACCGGGCUUCAGCGUGGUGCCGGCCCUGGUGGAGGACUUGCAGGACAAACACCACCAGCUGUUCCUGUCCAGCGCGCUGGCCUCGGUGCCGCUGCUGCAGAAGCUCCUGGAGCAGCAGAUCUACGCCUGCAGCUCGUUCCCCCCCCCCAGCCCCGUCCUGCCCCGGGCGCUGUGGGACGACGGCCCGCUGCUGAGGACCGGGGACUUCCUGCAGCGGCGCUGGGGACCGCUGCUCGCCACCCGCUGGAGGGACACCAAGGAGAUGGGCUGCCUGUCCACCAACGCACCGCCAGGUGAGGCAGACACUGUGUGGCGGCGGUCUCAGACCAAAGCGGGGGGGCUGGACCCCGUCUUCCGUCCCAUGGCGUUCCGGCUGCUGCAGGAGAACAUGCGCGGCGUGGACAUCUGCAAGCAGCUGCUGGCCUGCAACCCGCUGGGCGGCGUCCCCCUGGACCGCCACUGGAGACGCCUGCUCUGGUUCCUGGUCAACCUCAGCAUCGUCAACGCCUUCAUCCUGCUGAGGGAGGGCCGCAAGGACAGCCCCCCCCCCUGGGUGACGGACGGCCUCUUCACCCAGGUGACCUUCCGGAAGCGUCUGGGCAACCAGCUGGCUAAGUGUGCCCAGAAGUCCUUUGAGUCGACGGAGGUGGCGAGCGUGCGGGGGGCACGGGCGGCGGCGGUGGGGGGGGGGGAGCCCCUGAAGCAGAGACACCACAUGGUGAAGAUCAGCAACAUCUCCAAGCGCUGCAGGAACUGCAGCCUGAAGAGCAUCCGGCACGAGAGCGUCUACGGCUGCAGCGUCUGCAAGGCCAACCUCUGCAAGCAGUCCAGCUGCUUCUGGGAGUUCCACCAGCUGUCCCCGCUCCGCAAAG